AUAAACGCAAAGUUAAAGGGCUGUUAUUGCCAAUUUCGUUACAAAUAGUGACGACCCCAAGGAACCGGAACCUCAAGGCGCAUUCUCGCUUGUCACCUGACAAACCUGUGAUGUUUUAUUUUUGUAUUUUUUGUUCCUGUUUCGCAAUAGGGUUAAAAACCUAGCGCGCGUGAGCGCCUCUCUUGCCAGACGAUGUAACGAUGGCGGCGGCGGAGGAUCCGGAGCCCGUGUUUACGUUGGACUUGUUGCCGCAAGAAGUGAUCCUGCACAUCCUGUCAUUCCCACAAAUCGAAGUGGACGAUCUUCUGCGCUUCUCCGAAGUUUGCUCAAAGUUCCGCGAUGUCGUGUGCAGCAACGACUUGUGGAAGAAGAAAUUUACUCGACGUUGGCCCGACCUUUUUCGUCAGCACAGUGCCGCCAACACACGGUGGCGCAAGGAGUGUCUGGAGCGCCUCUCCUGUGGGCUCAAGCUCAGGUCCUGGAUGUCACAGAUGUCGCGGGACUUCUACGCACAUGAUGAGCUCUCUGAAGAUGCCUUCCGGGGAAUCUUGUCCCUGAGCGGCCACCCCCGAAAGCUGCUCUUCUUCAGCGACGAGCUGGCGGCCAUCUUGGAGGACGAUCAGCCGCAUGAGGAUCUCACGCUCAAGUACUACGCCCGACGGGUGCAGUGCCACGUCUGCCACGAGCACAUGAAACAGCGCUGGGAGUCGUACCUGGGCUGCGAUGCCUCGGCCGAGCCCAGCCUGGAAGAGGGCGCACUCCUUCUCUCACAGUGGUGUCAGCCACUGCACCGGGUGCCAACCGAAUGGGUGCGUCGCACCCUGGACGAAUUGGCUCGCCGAGCCAAAGCAAUAGUAGCCACGAGGCACCCCGGGCACCCCCUCGUCAGGUGCGACUGGCAGUUAAGUCACGCAGCCCUACCCGAAUCGAGGUGGAACCCCGCGGAGUGCCGGUCUGUGCUCAUCUGCAUCAACCAGGCCCUGUUUCAAGAGUUUGGCCUGACGGGAGACAGGCAGCACUACCACACACCAGAGAACUCGUUUAUAGACAAGGUUUUGGAAAAGAAAAGCGGGAUCCCACUGACACUGUGUGUCAUAUACGGAGCGGUGGCCAGGCGCCUGGGCAUUCUCUGCCUGCCGGUCAACUUCCCUACACACUUCCUUCUCAAGUGGCUGGAGCACCCUCUGUUGCCAGAGGAGCAGCGAUACACCUACAUCGAUGUCUACCACGGCGGUCGCUUCAUGGCACAGGGUGAAUGCGUGUCACUGUGCCCAAACCUGCAACUGGACAGGAAGACCUGCUACAGUGUGCUCCGCACACCGAAGGUGCUGGUGCGGAUGUGCUGGAACCUGGUGGAGGCGUGGCGGCAGUUUGAGGGUAACCUGGGCAUGCAGGGACUCCGCUACGCCCUGGAGCUGCUCGAGCUUUUUGAAGGUCGCGGACGGCACCGGAGUGACCCCAUGCGGGGAGACAUUGAGCACCGGCUUCUCUUGGCACGCGUCUACCUGCACCUGGGCAUCAACUAUGAGCAGAUCCUGAGCUUGCUCAAGGGAAUCGAGGCAGCACACCCGGCGUCCAGUGGCAUUGUGGCCUACAUGUAUCGCACCGCCCAGAGCCAGAUGGUGGCGUUAGAGCAGCGGAGGGAGAACCGCUCGCAGAGGCAGCCCCGCAAGCUCCGCACAGAGCCCCGGUCGCACGCCAAGGUGGCCUACGCCGUGGGCAUGAUCAUGCGGCACAAGAAGUAUCACUACCAGUGUGUCAUCUACGGCUGGGACGGCAAGUGUGCAGCCAACCGGGACUGGAUCUUCCAGAUGGGUGUGCACAACCUUAGCCACGAGGACAGGCAGCCCUUCUACAACGUGCUAGUCGAAGACGGCUCCAACCGAUAUGCUGCUCAAGAAAACUUGGAAAUGUCUACGAGCCCUGAUGUGAUCACGCACCCCGACGUUGGGAAGUACUUCGAGCGUUUCUGUGGCACGCACUACCUCCCAAACGCCGAGAAAGAGUACGAGUACCCCGAAGACGCGGAGGUGCGAGACAAGCUGCUGCUCCAGACGUUCCACAGUAGUGACGACGAAGAAGAGGAAGAGGAGUCGUGCAGCAUUUAGAACCCCCCGAUGGUUCGACCUCGUCGACACUCAGGGGUGAGCUCGUCAACAGAUUAGGGUCGCCUUUCCGUCAUGUGUUUUGGCUCUAGGGAUGCCAACAUUGCGCGCGAUUCUUGGGCAGCUUCCCGAAAUGCUGCGGAGUUUAUAAUUGUACAUUUGUGAUCAGUUUGUCGGCUAAAUUGUUGUUGCAGCUGUUUUUCAAAGGCAGAGUAGGGAACUUCUGUCACGUUGUACAGUAGCUGUAGGAGAGUUUCCUUUGGUGUUGCCAGAAAACCUGGUCGCAAGUGUUUGUGUUAAGCACCACAGAAACAGUCCUUUUCUUUUUCUUCUUUUACUACAGUGGUGUGCAUGUUGCAUUCAUGUUGUAUAGCCGUGGUUAGUGUAAAAGGGUGCACAAUGAUUCAGGCCUGAACACACUGCAGUAUUUUUUUUUUCUCUUAUAUUUUGUUGUGUUCAAGAUAUGGUGCAGCAUUGGCAGUUACAAGUGUGCGAUAACGCUCCUCAGGACAGUUGUCAAUACAUUUUAUGACUUGGGUGCAUAAAAGCUUUGAAUUUAUCUGAUUUGUCGGUGUUCAGAGCACAGAGGAUGUGUUGGCCCGCCCAAAUCUUUAAAAAUACCGUGCAAGUGUCGGCCACUGAGCCAUUCAGUGCAUCAACAGCGCGGGUCAGUGAAAUUAAGUAAGAUGAGGCAUGCAUGCUGAAAAAGCAGGAAAGUGUGCUCGUUGUAUACUAACCUUUAAAGACCACUAAAAAGCUAAAUCAUGUUAUAACCUUGUUGGACGGGCAGUUUUCAAUGGCGGUCGAGUUGAUGGCCUCCGAGAUUCUCAAAUUGUUUCAAACUCAAAGCAGUUGUGUCACUGCUAUGCUGUAAACCUGAAGGCUGGUGCGAUGUUCAGUAAUCGGACACCAAAGCACUUGGUGCAUGGUGCAUUGCGCAUCCCAAAAGUGAUAUACUGUGAAAAAUAAUCUAAGUAUCCAAAAUACAUUCUCUUUGCUGCAAGAUGUUUGUAAUGUCAUGCUGAAACAGUGUAGUUCUUUAGUUAUGGUAUUACUGCACUUUCGCAUCUUUCACAGAUCGGAACUCAUUUUAUUUGAGUGCACUGGCAACAUCGAGGCUGCUGGCUGCAGUUUUUGUAUUUGGCAGAGUGAGACUUUCAGUCGUCGUUGAUAAAAGAGAAUAAAUUGUUUUUAUAAAGUAAAUAGUUUUUCAUUUAUUUUUUACUGCAUUGUUUAUGGUGUGCUAUUGUAAGCAUGCUGCUAACGAGGGUCCUACUCUCACUGCUCAAAGGCCAGUGAUAUUUCAGUAGUGUUCCACACAACUCCGUCAACACUAUGGACUAUUGACUCGACAGCCAUUAAAACUGGCCAUGUAGCAAUGCCUAAGUUACCGGUGGGUCAAUGGGCUAUCAGCUCAAAGGCCUCGGAAGUGACAACACAGGUGACGUCACUAUGGCAUCAUAAAUUUCGUUGAUUCUUUUCUGCAUUUUCACCUCAUAAGGAGGGCAACAGAGUUAAUGUUCAUAGAACUGCUCUUAGGUGAGUUCCAUCUACAAUUGGCUACCACUGGUACGAUAGUCUCGUCACUUCACUCGCCAUUGCGAUUUGCAGGCUCCUGGGCACCAGGCAGUGAGGAAAAACUCUUAAUGAGACAUAAGUUUAGUGCAUACCGGCCCUGUUAAUCAGCCAAAGAUCUAAUUUGCAUGUGCUCUCAUGCUCUCUACAUGAGCUGUUUACGUUACUGAUUUACCCAUUCUUGCUGUCCUCUAGCACUGACUUGCUGAAUGGUCAACACUUGUGCAAUUGCGGUUAAAAGUGUGACUCUUUUGGAAGUCUGUCCUAGCAAUUCGAAAGUCUAGAACUUCUGUCUUUUUACGUGCAAUACAAGUCCAUUGUGCUGAAUGUGUGUGAUCUGUACCACAUAUCUUUACAAUGGGUGUUGGCAAGCAAACUCCUGAAUCCCUUCUGCCAUUUGCUCAUUUUGGGAGGUUCUGCAAGUAAGCAGCAACUUGAAGACCUUACCAAUCCUAAUCGUUUGUUCUUGCAGAAUUCCAUAAGGUUUGCAAAACCCAUUACAUUUCUAGUGUGCAACGCAGGAAGUAAUAAAUUUCAUGGUCCGAGCAAAGGUUUUGUUGCACUGCUAGAGAAUCUGGUAACUGAUUUCUAGCGAGAUUUCCUAAAAAUUUUUGUUUGGCAGCAUGGUUGCAUUGCAGGCACUUUGUAGUAGGCUAUUGUAAGUUCCUUGUAAGUUCCCGCCAUAGCGGAAACACACUAAAGAAAUUCGUUUGGCAGUGAAGCUAAAGCUACAUAGUGGGGCUGCUGUGUUUAAAAAACUGUGGCCACAGGAUGUCCACUUCAAUCUUGUGGGAGUUGGUUGUUGCAAAUCUUGUUUUGUUUUAUUGAAAGUCUCAAGUAUGAGGCAUAGCUGCAGGACUUUGUUUUGCCUCUAUAUAUGCCUUUAGCCCCGGUACACCAGGAUAUUUUAUUUUUAAAUCUCUGUAUAAACUACUAUUCUAUUCUAUUCUAUUCUAUUCUUAACAUCUCUGAUAUUGGCUUUGUUCUUUAAGACACUUAAUUUGGUGCAUAAACUACACUGACAAGCAUAGCCAAAUUUGCAGAUGUCUCAGUCCUAAGUCCUGCACCAUUUUCACAGAUGCUUCCAAGUGUUUUGGUUAGCAAGCUCAUUAAGGUAAAUGGGAAAAUCUUCCGACUGAGUGGAUUUUGAAUUAUUCAUUUGUUGGAGAAAGAGAUGUUUGAGGCAUUCGUUCAUUGAUGGUGGAAACUUGCACCGCUCAUGCAUGCCUGUGAAACAAUGUGAAACAGGCGGAAAAUGGUAGAUUACUCUUUCAUACCUCCCUCUAUGCCCGAUGGCAAAGAGUUAUCUGUUAGAGAAGCAAGUGGUACAAGAUCUGUAAAGGAAGCAGUGGCCACAUACUGAAGGGAAGCCAAUUCCUGUUCGGGCGAGGGCGUUCAUUUUUUAAUGCGGGCCUCGGAGCAGGCAGGGGUUUUGGAAAUCUCUGGGAGAGGCAUUUGUUCUGCAGUGGGCAUAGAUAAGGCUGACGGUGAUGGUGAUGAUUAGGAAGGGCUGGGCAUUGAUAAAAAAAUUAGCCCAAGUAAUUAGAACAUUUUCAAUUAUUAAUCUAUUGUAUAUGAGAGCUAAAGUAAAAGAAAUCAAAAGUGGUGGCUUAUGUGCACGAACAUUCAAGACAUAAAAAAAGAACUGUUUCAAGCAGACAGUUACUCACUGUGGUGGCUUAGCGUUUAUGGCGGUGUGCUACUACGGAUAAGGUCGUGGGUGCCAGAAUGGCCGCUCUUCAAUGGGGGUGAAAUGUGAAAACGCUCAUGUAAUUAGAUUUAGGCGCAUGUUAAAGAACCCAAGGUGGUCAAAAAUAAUUUGGAGUCCCCCACAACAGCAUGCCUCACAGUCAGACAAUGGUCGUGGCAUAUAAAACCACAAAAUUUAAUUAAUUUAAUUUUAAAUUGACAGUUGCCUUUAAUAUCAUGUCGGCAGCACUUUGCACGUGUGAACAUAUAGAGCAUAUCAAACUCCGAUGCAAUCAUAAGAGCAGGUGUGGAGACAAAGAAGCUUGUUAACAUUCUGUGGCAGGCUGGACACGAAACCCUCUUAGCAUUAGUAGGCAACAUUAACAAGCGGUUAACACUGUGCUGGUGUUUAAAGGUGACGGCGCCAAUGUUCUUUUGUCCUUGCAUCCUUUCCAGCACCACCUGUUAGCAGUUCUGAAAGAGUAAUCUACCAAACCAGGUGCUCAACUCGAGGUGGAUUCCAGUUAGUGAUCAGAGCGAGCUUCCUGCUGGUUGAUUCAGAAUGGGUUUGAUUCACACUGAUUCAAACUACAGUCAAACCCAGUUAUGAAGAGCAGAUAUGCACGCUAAAAAUAUUUCAGUAUACCAGGUAAUUUGAUGUAUCCAAAUUGAACAAAUUUUUGUGAUGCAUUCGGUAAAUAUGGAUUCUUCAAAAUCUCCAGCAGAGAAAAGAAGCGAGCAAGGAAUCAUUGAAAACAGAACUAUGCCUUGGCAGUAAUUCUGGCCUGUGCCUCGAACUGUUUCUAAGUGUCACUGUGAAUGGUGUUUUCGAUGCACUAGACUGUGUACGCCUGCUGUAGUCAACUUCCCUUAAUGUUGGCACAGUACAGGCACACAACAUCCACUGCAGAAAAUUUGUCCUGAAGUGUCAGGUGAUGUCCCGAGUUCAAUGUAUGAAAUAUCCAGUUGGUUAUGAGGGGGCUAUUUUAAUGUAUACCGCUCGGUGAGUUUUACGUGUACAAUAUAGACGAUAAUUUGCUUUAACCAGGUUCGUUAAAUUCGGGUUCGUCUCUACUUCGAUUCGAGUGGGUCAAUUCACGAAGACUGAUCGUUAGGGGUCAGCUUGCUCUGUAAUGGGUCGCUCUUUUUUACUCUGCGGUUAAAAGACACAAAUUCAACUUGAAGUUCAAAGUUCUGGAGUGCACUGCACGUGACAACUUCUUCUGUGAUCCAACACUGAGCGUUAGGCGUCGCUCUGGCAGAUUUCUACUCGGGGAAAUCCUAGCGGGGUUUGAGCGCUCCCUCAGGAAUUCAGGUAGCCCCUCAGAAACGACGAGACGAGCAAGCCGUUAGCGUUUCUCUCUCAGUGUCCCCUUCUUUUAUGAUGGCCUCAUGUGUGCACUCUACAAAUGCACAUAGCCAUUUCAUGCUGCAAAUCCAGAGAACAGUGCAACUUACUUUGCUCAGUUUUUCACUUACACGAAGGAACGCUCCACUUGCUCUCCUCUGUACCUCAGAAUUUGCUGGGUUGUCAGAGAUGUCCUUGACAGCCCCUCCUCCCCCUCUCCAUAUCUUUCUUUCACGUUUACCUCAGAGACUACCAACAGUAUGACUAUACUACUUAGUGUAAAUUAAUGGUUGUGCUACAGUUGUUUUUACUCCAUGUGCCUACACAGCAUGUUUGCGUGUUUCAUGAGAGGUGUAUCCCUGAUUAGCGUGUACUCAUUGCUGUAAUGACAGCACUUGUGUAAUGUAAUAGUCUACAGCCCGCCACAGGCUUUGCCAGAGACACUGUGUUCGCAGGUUUGUACGAUUUGGGUUACGCAUCUUGUGAGCAGUGUACAAAAGUGGUCAGUUUUGUUUGAACGUAUGUCCCGAGUCCAAGUUCGAGGGCUGCACGACUAGGCCCUUCCAUGCAUCGGGCCACAUUUUGGCAGAUUUUGUGACCUAAGACCGUGCAGGGUUACAGCUUGUUUUUUUUUUUUUUUGUUGUUUAUUGUUCUUUAAAACUUUAAAAUAAAUUGAAGUCUGUGAUGUGCGAGAACUGUCAAUUUGUUUUGAGACAGCUGUUUGUGUAAUCUUUGUUUUGUUUUAUGUUUUUAAUAGCCCAAAGGGCAGUGCCCAAUGAUGGGUACAACAUGUAAGAGUUGUCAUUGAGCAUAGUGAACAAUGAGCCUGUUGUAAAAAGAUGUUGAUCCUGUGCAAUCUUGCGUUCUGUACAUUACAUACACUGUAUAUUGCCGUGUACGAGUUGAUUCUGAGUAUUAAAUGACUACUGCCCCCUACCUAACUCGGACCUUUUGGGACAAAAAGAAAAAAAAUGUUUUAGAAACAUGAGGAAUGGCAAAUUUAUCGUAUUUUCUUGCAUAUAACCCGCACCGAAUUUUUUUUUUAUUUCUUAAAAAGUGGGGGUGCAGGUUAUCUGCGAAUAUUCGCGAAGGAAGGGAGGGGGUGGUGGUUGGCUUCACUGCAAUGCGCGGCCUGCCGUGCAGAGUCCGCAUUUUCCGCAUGCCUAUCGACAUCAACGUGUGUUAAGCCAAUAGGAGGCCAACACAUGUAUAGUCAGAUCCACAUCCAUAGCCUGGUUAGACGCUUUUCGCACGCGUCAGGUGCCAUUUCUUAUACGCCCAGUUUGCACAAUUGGCCAGCCUUGUUUAGGCAUCAUGAGUGUGUCUCGGCGGCAGUCUUUCACAGUGAAAGAGAAACUGAAGAUCGUAGCCGCUGCUGAAGAAAUCGGCAGCAGAGCUGCUGCGAGAAAGCACGACGUCGACGAGUCCUUGCAUUUGCAACUGGCGGAAGAAAAAAGAGGCUCUCGAAACUGCGAACAAGAGCAGGUGAGCAUUUCGCAGCCCGAAGACUGGCACGUACGCACCCCCAGCUUGAGAUGCAGCUUGCGAAAUUGAUUGAGAAGCGAAGGAGUUGUGGCCACAUCUUUCCUCAUUUUUUUGGAUAAGCAUGCGGGUUAUACGCGAGUUUUUUUUUUUUUUUUUUUUUUCGUGGAGUUUGAAAUUAUGGGUGUGGGUAAUAUGUAAGGACAGGUUAUACGCGCGAAAAUACGGUAUUUCUUGUUUCAAAAAGUUGUACUUUUUGUUGCUGUCUUCUAGCGUACCUGUUUGGCGUCGUCAUCUUUGACAUUGCUCCCAAUGACAACAUAUUUGUCCCUGUCAUUGGAGUUGUGUUGAAAGCUAUCAGGCUUUGGGUGUCAUCAAAAUGAAGUGCUACACUAGCACCUCACAAACCACGCCACACUGUACGCCUCUUACCUCCAAUGCUCAGUUUUGUCACUACGUACAUUUAAUUGAACCGUUCUGAGACAUCAAAGCUUCUCCUCAUUGUGAGCUUCUGUUCUCUUCCUAGAAUAAUAUUGCCUUCCAUGUGAGCAACACCAAACCUGCCAAGGCAUUUUCACUGCUAGCCCCACCGGAACGUGCUUCCACAACAAUGUGGACAUACUGGCGUGACUGAUUGCACAUACAAGAUGUGGUGCCACUACAUCUUUGGCUAAAAGAUUGACUGGAAACUGACUUCAGAGCCAACUUUGAGCCAAGGUCUUCACUUCAGCCAAAUAUAAAGUCAGUUUCCCAUGCAUGCCACCAUGUGUGCCGCAAACAAAGAAGUCUCCACAUACAGGUCAGCUCUAUCUAAUUCGGGGCGCUCGUUUUUCAAGAAAAAGAGAAAGCAGGUCGACUUAUACACGGCAAUAUGAGGUAUUUUGUUUUCAUUCUGUUGACCCUUUAUCUGUCGUGACGCACAAGGUUAUUGCAUUGCCAUGUGUAUACUGUGUGCAGCAUGGUUGUGGCGGUUCCCUCCACUUUUCCAGCGUGCAUGCUGCAGCAAGGGAGCACCACACACACUUAUUCCAAGUUUGUAUGCAAAAUAAAGGCAACAGUGAAAACACA